GUUUUGGUGGGAGUAGGCGGAUCCGCGCGCAGCCAAUGGGAAGGAGCCGCGGCGGCUGCCGGAAGUGACGUGUGCUGGGCCCGGGAGCGGGACCGGCCCCCGCCAUGGAGGCUUGGGUGCGCUUCAGCGCCCAGAGCCAGGCCCGGGAGCGCCUCCUCAGGGCCGCCCAGUACGCCUGUGCCUUGGCUGGGGCCGCGCUGAGCCGCGCCGGGAAUGGCUCCGGGGGCAGCUCCGGGACCCUGAGCCGCCUCCAGCACCUGGAGGCUCAUCUGAGCCUGGGCCGCAAGCUGCUGCGCCUGGGGGGCUCGGCCGAGGCCCUGGGGGGGGCCCAGCGCUCCCUGCAUCUGCCCGACCCUGUCCUGCGCUUCUGCCUCACCUUGUCCCACCUGAACCGUGCCCUCUUCCUGGCCUGUGACAACAUCUUGUGGGCCGGGAAAACUGGGAUCCUGCCCGGCCUUGCCAUGGACAAGUGGAGCCAGAGGUCCUUCAGGUAUUACCUGUUUGCCCUGGUGGUGAACCUGAGCCGGGAUGCCUACGAGAUCCGCGUGCUGCUGGAGCGCGCCGAGGCAGCCAGGAAGCGUGGGAAGAGCCCGGAAAACAGGCCCCAGCUCCAGGCUGAGGGCAGGAUCCAGCGUCUUCGGCUCCACCUGCAGCUCCAGCUGCAGCUCCUGCUCCAGGUGCUCCGGGACAACCCCCCAGUACUGCUGGACCUGCUGCGGAACGCCUGUGACCUGGUGAUCCCGCUGGAAAAGCUGGGGCUGUGCCGGAGCGGCCCAGGGCUUGUGGGGUUCUGUGGCCUCACCUCCUCAGUGCUCUCAAUCCUCACCAUCCUCCACCCCUGGCUCAAACUGAAGCCAUAGUUACCCCAGGGGCUUCCUCAGGAUGUUUGGGAUCCUGAGGGCUUAUCCCAGGAACUGAGACACCUCUGGAGCUGACUGGCUCAUUCCAUUCCCAUUGUUCCUGACUCCUUGGAGCAACAAGGUUCCAGCAUUGGAUACAGCGUUGGAUCCCAGAGGGACAUCAGCUCCCAAAAUGUGUUUCUUCCCAUUGGCUUUUCCAGCAGUUUUAGAAGUUCAACAUUCCCCCUUUCUGCCCAGGAAGCACCUUUAACCUGGAGCCAGCUAAUGGGGAAUAUUUGGGGCUGGAAAAUGUGGAUUCCUGGGAGUUUCUCACGGUUUUUAUGGGGGGUGAAGCCAUGGGUUUGGGAUGAUUCCAAUGCCAGAUAGCGUGUCCAACCCUGAACUGUUUGGACAAUUUUCCUGCAUUAUAAGAAAUCUGAGUGUAGGGAGAGGGGAAUGGGAGGAAUGGUGUCAGGAAUAAAUCUAUGGCUUUGGGGGGAAAUACAGGCAGGAAUUUGCCCUUCUGGCCCUUCCAUGAAAGCCCAGGGGAAGGAAGUGACCAGAGGGAGUUUCGCCAAGCUGGGGGGUCGCUCUCAUCAUUCCCGUGUGGAUUUCCCUCUGUUGGAGAACACAGAGGCCACUCUGUGGUUCCCAGCAGAUCCAGCUCCCUCCCUCUGCGCAGAGCUGCACAGGUCCACCUUGGCUGCACUCCCCUUGCAGGUAUCCUGUUCAGGGGUGUUUUUUUGGGAGAUUCACAGUGUGGCUGCCUCUCAGUUGGGAUUCCCUGCACCCGGUGUUCCUGGUGCUGCUGCCUCACUGAAUUCCCUUUUUCCCUGGAUUCUGUGACACUGAAUUGCAAGUGGCCCCAACCCAGCUCUGAUGUCUGCUACUGAGCCCUGGACCAAGGGACACACUGGGAGCUGGGAAUUACUUAAUUUCAGAGGCAGGUUGUCCUUGGAUCUGUCCCUGGGAGAGCAGGAAUAUCCUCUUGAAGGUUUUUGGGAGCUCCGUACCGAAACGCUGCCCACUCUUGGGCCCAUCUGGGCUGUGCCAAAGGCUUUUUCCUGGGAAAACCAGUCAUUGAAGACUUUGGAGCAGUGUAUAUCCCAGUGGGAAUUGGGAUGGGUGGGAAGUGCUCCAGGGGAUCCCACAGUAUCAGUGUAAUUAAGUAAUUAAUUUAAUUAUUAAAGUGCAGCGGCCUCCA